AUGGAUCGUGUUAGCAGUCUACCAGAGGAGCUUCUUUGUCAUGUAUUGUCCUUCCUUACCACGAAGGAAGCUGCUUUGACAUCGAUUCUAUCCAAGAGAUGGCGCUAUCUGUUUGCUUUCGUCCCUAAUCUCAAGUUUGAUAACUCUGUCUUUCUUCAUGAUCCUGAAGAGUCUAAUCGGGAGAAGAAGAAAGGAAUUCGACAGAGCUUCGUGGAUUUUGUGGAUAGAGUUUUGGCUUUGCAGGGUGAUUCUAUAAUAGAGAAGUUCUUCCUCAAGUGUAAACUGGUGCUCAUAAGUCAGCUCGUGAAUCAGUGGAUAUGUAAUGUGCUUCGGCGUGGUGUUUUAGAUAUGGAUCUGUCCAUUGACUUGGGACAAGAGAGAUGUAUGUUCGUCGAAACUUUCAUGAGCACAACUGUAGUUGAGCUGAAACUAGGAAGUGGAUGUCGUAUUAGUUUUCGGCCUGGACUCAUUUCCUUACCUAUGCUUAAGACUCUCACCCUUGUUGACUCUGGUUUAUCUGAUAGUGGUCAGCUUCAGAUGCUACUUUCUGCUUGCCCUGCGCUUGAGGCAUUAGAGUUGACAAAUGUACGUUGGUGCUAUGCGGAUGCGACCGUGUCAAGUGCAAGCCUCAAGACUCUAACAAUUGGCUCUGCCAAUUCAUUACACACCCUUUCAUUUGAUACACCGAAUCUUCUUUGCUUAAAUCACUCUGCAUUAGUUCGGGAGGACUAUCCAUUAGUUAAUUUGGAAAAAUUAGUUGAGGCACAUAUCAAGCUUGAUCGCGGGAUAUCAAUGUAUGAUAAUGUGCCGAAGCUUCUUAGUGGCAUAUGCAGUGUUCAGAAGCUUUACUUAUCUCCUGGGACUCUCGAGGUGCUUGGUCUAUGCUGUCAGGCAAUGCCGGUGUUCAACAACCUCACAUUCCUAGACAUUGAGAGUAACAUGAAUAUAUUGUGGAAAGCAAUGCCAGUUCUCCUGAAAAACUGUCCACAUCUAGAAACUCUAGUCAUGAAGGGUGGUCUCGUACACUGUAUCACAGAUUAUUGCGGGGAUGCUUGUACCUGCAAGUCUCGGAAAGAGAAAGGCCGUUCGCUCACAUCUUGUCCGGUGAAGAGGUUAGAGAUUCGAGAGUUUCAAGGAAGGUCGAUAGAGAUGGACAUGAUCAAGCAUUUCUUAGACUAUUUUCCCUGCUUGAAGGAUAUGGAGAUCUAUGUUGAAGAUGGUCGUCCAGAGCAUUUAGCACCUAUAACGUUUGAUUCCCCAUACAACCACUUAUCGGGUCGCAAUGUUAAAAUCAAGGUGCACGAUUCCUUGACAUAG